AUGUCGAUGCCGGGCGCCUUCUCCCCCGAUCUGCCACCCUUCGAACCAGACUCCAAAAAGGACGAUUCUUCCUCUGCUGCCGCCAACCCGCCGCCUCUCCGUCUCAACCAACCCUCCGACGCCUUCUCCCUCCACACAAACGACCCCUACUACGAUGACAUUGCCACAGCCUCGUCUUCGAAUGCUGGCGACCUGCCCCCGUCCUACACUGACGAACCCUCGUCGCUCGACCCAAAACACAACCUAACCACCACCGUGACCCCGCUCCUGGCAGACGAGUCCGGCCACUCCCCGCUCCUCUUCCGCAGGGACCCCGACACCGGUGCCGAAAUCCACUGUUCACGCCGCCUCGAUACCGACCCGGCCUUUCUCGAAUCCCACAUCACCUCUCUUGCCCAGUCGCCACCAAGACCUUACCUGCGUGUCCGCGGCACCCACACCGAGAGCAUCCGCAAGCGGGACGAUAAGACGGAGAGCAAGACCGUCGUCGACUUUGACGUCCGCGUCGAACUCACCCCUUACCUCUACCGCGACAUCGCCACCCGACGCUCGUGGCGCGAGCUCCGCACCGCCGACAACUUCCAAAAGGUUCGCCGCGGUACCGUCUUUCCCACCCGUGCCCCGGGCUUCGGCGGCAGGUCUUCGGGUGCUCGAGGUGGUGCUGCUGGCGAGGAGGUGAGCAAGGAGCCGCCCACGCUGCGGGAGUGGUGCCAUCGCUACUGCGCCUCGCACGCAGGGCUCAAGACCUUUUCGCUCCUGCGCACCGUGCCGGGAUUCGACGACGAUGAGCGCCUCAAGGCCCGUCUCGAGGACCUGGUCCGCGCCACCAACUACCGCGGCCGUAUUGACGUCUCCUUCCCCGUCCAUGAUGCCAGAGUCGACAUCUACAACACGUGCCGCGUGAACCGCUGGCGCUACACCACCUGGGUUUGCUGGCUCUUCUACCUGACCUUCCUCUGGGUCUUUGCGUGGCCCUACCUCUUCUUCCGUACCAAGCGCUUCGAGGUCGUCGAGGCCGAGUGGGCCUUUUCCAGACGCCGGAGAGAUCCCCAGACCGGGAGAGCAGCGGGCGGCAGAGAGUACGUCAGCCUGUCAGAGACCGACCUGUACAACAUGUGGGGACGGGCCAUCUCCAAGGCCGUGCUGGAGAGGAGGCAGGGCGAGCUGGACCAGCGUGAUCUGCGAGAUGCCGAAGGGCGACAGGAUACGAGCUUCGAAGACGUCCUCGCGGGGAUCGAUCAGGAGACGACGAGAGGCCUCGUGAGGGCCGGCGUGAGUGCGAUGAAUGUUGUCAAUCGGCACUUUGGGUGGGGAGAGGAUCGUUGA